AUGACCUCCCAGUCGGAGCGGUAUGCCGCUCUCGUUGAGUGGGUGCGCGAAGGUGGGGGCCACCUCCACGAUAGUGUUGAGAUUGCUCAAGUCGAUGGGAUGAGAGGUUCGUUCCGAGCCACAGGUCCCAUCACAAGGGGCGAUGUUAUCGUCACAACUCCUCUUUCGAGGACAUUGUCAUAUCUGAAUGCUAUCAGUGGUCAUUCCGCCGCACCAAAUUUCUCAAACGAGACAUUUAAGUCACCGGAGAACUCGACUUUUUUCCCCACCGAUUUUAUCAACACAGUUCCACCGCAUGUUAUUGGGCGAUUUGUUCUGAUGCAGCAGUAUCUACUGGGAACUGCAUCAAAAUGGUGGCCAUACAUCCGCACGCUUCCCCAACCAGAACAUAUCGGUGGCAUGCUACCGGCUCUUUGGCCAGAGGAAGACGUCAAUUUUCUUCAAGGGACUAAUGCAUAUGUCGCUGUUCAAGAGAUCAAGUCGACACUCAAGAAGGAGUACAAGGAUGCGAUCAAGCUUAUGCCAGAUGACAUUCGCACUACUUACACGCGACCUCUUUACCUUUGGGCAUAUGCGAUCUUCACAAGCAGGAGCUUCCGCCCCUCGCUCGUCCUACCGGAAGCCGAAUCAAUGAAUCUGCCUUGUGCCAUUGAUGACUUUUCCGUUCUACUCCCUCUUUAUGACCUAGGAAAUCAUUUGCCCACUGCGACAGCUCCCUGGACAGCUGAUCACGCUUCCCAAAUGGUUUCACUACAUUGCGGUGACGCGUACGAAAUUGGCCAGCAAGUGUUCAAUAACUAUGGCAUGAAGACCAAUGCGGAGCUUCUACUAGGAUACGGAUUCAUGCUGUCAGAAACUGAUGACUUCCAUAACGACUAUGUCCACAUCAAAACAAGAGCUGCAAGCGAUGACGAUUUCUCGUCGACGCACAUUGUUUCGUUGCGGCCAUUGAGCGAUCCAAGCUCUUUGAUCGGCAGAUCACGAAGGCUGAUCUCCAGCGAUGUUGAAGUUGUCCCAGAGUUCUCCCAUAUCCAGGAUUCGCUGGUUACUAGUUUGUAUGAUGCUAUUACUUCAGCGUCGGGCGACAGCGAGACGGAUGAUCUCUCCAUGGACGACAUGAUGGCAGGUAAUAUGCCGAAAGCCAUCCACGAGAGGAUCAUUCAAGCGCUUGGUUCCAAGCUCUCUUUUGAUCUUGAUACAUUGGACGAGGUCGAAGUGCCACGAGAUGGCCUCAAUGCCAACCAGCAACUGGCAGUGGAAUACCGCGACCAGUGCCAGAGUGUCUUUAUAAACGCGUUGCGGGCCUUGGCGAGUUCCAGUCCUUGA